AUGGACGAUAAUCUCAACCCUGAACCAGGAGAAAGACCUGAACCAGGAGAGAGUCCUGGUACAUAUAAACAAAUGGACUAUGAAACUCUAAAUAACAGAAGACGUAAAAACAGUGAAAGCGACAGCGAAACAAACCCACCCUACAAGCAACACCGAAACGAAGAAGCCGGCAGGAACUUCACACAAUUCCAAAUAGAAAUGAAUAACAACACUGAACCCAACAACCAAACAUUCGAGCGACACUCGAGCAGACCUCAAGCAACACUCAGAAACACUAAAGAGACUUUCAAGCAGACCUCAAGAAACAUUCAAGCAGACACUAGCAGACCUAGCGAAACUCAAGAGACAUCAAGAAGCACUCAGAAAACACUAAAGAAGCUUUCAGCAACACUAAAGCGACACUCAACGACACUCAAGAAGACACUCAGAAACAUUAAAGAAACCCCUCAACAACACUCAAAAGACACUCAGCAACCCAAAAACCCUCAAGCGACCUCAGAAACACUAAAGAAGACUUCAAAAGCUUCAGCGACACUCAAGAAGACUUCAGCGACACUCAACCUCAAGCGACCUCAAGAAGACUUCAAGAAGACUUUAAAGAAGCCCUCAAAAAAGCCCUUAAAGAAGCACUCAAAGACCUCAAAAAAACACUCAAAAACACUCGAAGAAUUCAAGAAGACACUCAAGAAACACUCAGAAACACUAAAGAAGACACUCAAGAAGACAUUCAAAAGCACUAAAGAAGACCUCAAGCAGACUUCAAGAAAACCUAAAGAAACACUAAAGAACCAUUCAAAAGACACUCAAAAAGACACUAAGACACUAAAGAAGACAUUCAAGAAGACUUCAAGCAACACUCAAGCAGACACUCAAAAAGACCUCAAGCAGAUAUCAAAAAGACCUCAAAAACACCCCAAAGACACUAAAGAAUACCUCAAAAAGACACUCAAGCAGACACUCAAGAAGACACUCAAAAAGACACUCAAAAACUUCAAGAAGACCUCAAAAAGACAUUAA